CCCAUCUCGCCGAUUUAACAAAACGGCCCAAAAUGGGGUGUCGUACCAUCGCCGAGCCGACCGCCGUUCGCCGGCGAGGGAGCGCGCGUCCUCUGUAGUAACUAUAUCAGUUGACAAUUCAAUAAAUGUUCGAUCCGCCGCCAUUAAUUCUGAUGCGCCGUGAUACUACUGCGAUGCUUCGCCGAAAUUUGGCGCUACUGUCGCUACUAUUUCUUCAAUUCCUUUCGUUAAUCCACUCCUCAAUCAUUCCAUCGCGUCGCCCUUUCAACAUUUCCCAUUAUCUCCAUCCCAAAGUCACCGCCUUCACUGAAUCCAACGCUCCACCUGAACCGCCGAAUUUUCUGCAGGGCGUACUGGAUGCGAUUGCUAAUAAAGAGAAGUGCACGUUGGAAGACAUUAGGGUUUCUGGAGUGGAUACGCAAAAAGCUAAAUACAGGCAGGUUGAAAGAUAUGAAUUUCGGGUUAGAGUUAGAAAAGCAGAAGUAGUUCUUAAGAUGUACAAGGAGGUGUCAGAAUGGAAGAAAUUGGUGGCCUCAAGCCAAAAUGGCUCAUCGACCUUCGAAGAAUUGGCAAUGAAGAUUGGUGCCAAGACUGCAAUUGAUAGCUUUAAAAUCGAAGGCCCUUUCGAAUUGCAGGCUGCUGGAGAUGAUGAUCGUCUCUCACUUAUUUUGCCGUUAAAUACUACUACAUACUCGGGCCUGAGGAGAAUAUCAGUUGGUGAAGGCAUAACUAUUGAAGUGAAAGGCGCCGAAGAAAUUCUCAUAUUCCAUCCUUCGGAUUACCAUUACGGUAUUGUGACUUCUCAGAAAUGGCACAAGAUUGGAUCCAUUUUCCCCGGUUUAUGUAAAGCCCCACUGCCUAUCCGUAUUCUCGGGUCUGCAUCCGUGGUUGCUUACCGAACUCAAAGACCUGCUACAGUUAUUCAGACUGCAUUCUUAUCCAACAAUUCGAUAAAAUUGUUGCCCGACAAGUGCUAUCUCUGGCCAAACCACAAGAAACCUAAAUAUCCCUAUAGCUCCUUGCAUUCAAGAGUAACCAUGGUGGAAAGAGUUCUGAGGAAUUUCUUGAACGAGACUGGCAAACCUAGUACUGUUCUAGGAUCGACAAGGACUAGGAUGAGAGCAUCGUAUGUAUUCCACUUUCAGUUGCAAAUAGAAAGAGAUGUUAGAAGCAACGACAAACGGUGGGGCACCUUAGCCGACUGGAGAACAAAACCUACUGUCGAACAUUCGUGGUAUGAAGUACUUGCAAGAAUCGAAGGCGAGGUUUUAAAGCCUCUAGUCGUCAAAAAGGUUAGACCCUUUAUCGUCGCGGAUUCAUUAGCUUGGAGUAGCUUAUUGUCGAAUAUUUCCUUCACAAAGUUUCCAUCUGUUCUUGUCCCUUCCGAGGCGCUUACACUCGACGUGAAAUGGUAGGAAAAGUCUGCUUCUUUCGAAUAUUGAACUAUUCUUUUCUUACUUUGUGUAACAAUUUGUUCAUAUAAAUAUGAUACCGAUCUUUACAUUAUAUUUGGGACAACAAAACCACAAUUAAGUAGGUGUUCUACAACACAUUGAUCGAUGAUCAAUCUUCUCCAACAGGAUCGUGGUUACAUCGAUCUUUUGUUAAAUAGAGUGUAACAGUAAGAUUACAUAACUUACAUAUGAAUUAA